AUGGGUGAUCCCAAGAAGCUGCAGGUCAAGAACUCAAUCUCAGAAGUUAAGAUGGGUCACUUCGACGACAACUUCCAGGAGAUUUGCGACGAGAUGUACGAGGAGCAGACGGAGCACGAGGCUGGGGAGGAGGCAGAGGCAGAGGCACAAGAGCAGGCCGAAGCCGAAGCCGAGGCUGAGUACGAAGCUUUGCAGGACGCCGAAGAGGAGCAGCAGGCGGAAGAGGAGCAGCAGGAUGGCCAGGAGGGCGAGGACGAAAAGUGA